AUGACGGAUAUAAUGUCGGAAGACGUUUUGGAAACAGAAUUCGACAGGAUAACUAGAAUAAGGAUGAGGAAUAGACCUGGAGCAAACGGGGGAAAACUCGAGAACGAUGGUAAAUUUGGUGACAAGCGGAAAGGAUUGUUCCAAAAUGUGGCACAUAAAAUCGCUUGUCGCAACGACGUGGCAUGGAUGUUCCAACAGUGGGAUGGCGAUAAUGACGGACUACUCUCAAAGGACGAGCUGAUGCCACUGGAAGGGAACGGCCGUGAAGUGUGUUUGGCUCAGUUCAUCGACAUGUGUGAUGAUAUGGUCGUCGAUGGCAGCAUCUCCGUAGAUGAAUGGUGCGACUGCUUCUCUUUUGCCGAUGAUUUGCGUCAUGAACCUCCUUGCCAUAAGGCAAAACACUCCGUGGAUCCGCAUAUGGCAGGAGUAUUCCUUCCUCGUUGUGACUUAGAGGGAUUCUAUCGUCCAGAACAAUGUCACAGUGGUUAUUGCUGGUGUGUGGACCGAUACGGACGUGAAUUUGAUCACUCACGUACCAAAGGAGAACUUCCGGAUUGCGGACAAUAUGCCAACGACCUCGACGACGAAGAAAAGAUUGAUCUGAAACAUCGUCUGUGA